AUGGCAAUUCCGCCUCAAUAUACUCAAAACCAAGGUGCAAACGUUGGAGCAGGAGGAAGGGAAGACUUUAGAGCAAAAAAGCCCACUCGAGAAGUGUCAGCACAACGAGCGGGUGAUCAUCGAUUCUUCGGCGAACGACAGAAAUAUUCGCACGAAUACAGAGUACCAAAAUUCACGCUAGAAAUGCCAGCUUUGCUUCAAGUGACCGGAUAG